CUUGAAACAGUAGAGAGAGAGAGAGAGAGCUCAGAAAAAAGUGGGCGAAAAGCAGCGAGGUAUGUGGGUGUCACCUGGGAACUGUGUUCUACUUUGAAUAGAGAGAGUACUGUCACCCGCAGAUUCCCUUCCUUCCUCAAAGCCACAAUUGCUUCUCACAACAUUUAAUCAUCUUGGGAUUUUCAAGAGCCCUUCUUAUUCUCUUUUAAAACCUUAUUAUAAAUCUAUCAUUAUGGAAUCUACCAAUCUCCAUCACCUUCAUCAAGACCAUUCUCAUCCUCCUCAGACUUCUUCUUCUUCUUCUUCUUUAUCCGCCCCUUCUCUCUUUGGCCUCCCAACCUCCCAUUCCUGGACACCAAAUGUCGCUCUGAAUGCUGGUAACUUGAACCCAAAUUUCCAAGAGUCAAAUCCCAGAUCAAGAGCUUUCGCGCACAAGAAAGACAUUGGAACCUAUCGUCUUCUGAACGAUUCAGGAUUAGGUUAUCAGUGGGCAAGUGCGGAAGAAAGGGAAGUGAGCAGUACUCAGUCGGAUCACGACUUGGGCCUUCAGUAUUCAAACAUAAAGGAAGAGAUCUCAGAUGUUUUUCCCUGUAAAUUCACUGAAAUGCUAAACAGUACUGGUUCUAGUAUGGAGCACAAAGAUUUCAAUGCUCUUAGUGAGAAGCUUUUGCUCAAGACCCUCUCUUCCGGAGACUUCUAUUCCACUUCUGAAAAUUUUGCUAAUAAUUUUGGUGGUGGUAUGGGUAUGGGAGUAGCGCCUAGUAGAAGGAGCUUUAGUCAGAUUUACCCAAGCAUUAAUAUUUCGAACUUAAACCAUUCUUCCCCAGCUAUUUCAAGCUCUUUGGAUAUGAACAUGCAGAGCUCAGAUCUAUUGAACUCUGCAAGAUUUAAUGGCGGUUUGAGCCAACAUACCCAAGACGGUUUAGCCAGAUUCGACAACGUUUCUUUUCGUCUUGAUCAUAUGCAUCAGCACCAAAUCGACAGGUCUUCAUGCAACUCCAGUAAUAUUCCAUCACACUUCACUAAUGGCAUGGCAGAAACGAAGAGGCCCAACACAACUUUGGUGGAGUCAAAGGCUUCUCAAUCUCAAAAUGUGCCAAAAAAAUCACGAUUGGAAUCGCGCUCAUCAUGCCCACCCUUUAAGGUUAGGAAAGAGAAACUAGGAGAUAGGAUUGCGGCUCUUCAACAGUUGGUGGCUCCUUUUGGCAAGACAGACACAGCAUCCGUACUCAUGGAGGCUAUUGGAUACAUCAAAUUCCUUCAAAGCCAAGUCGAGACACUAAGCGUUCCAUACAUGAAGUCAUCACGGACCCAAAGCAACAGAGGGAUGCAAGGGGUUUCAGGGUUAUGUGAGGCGAAAGAAGAACAAAAAAUGGAUCUAAGGAGCCGAGGCCUAUGUCUGGUGCCAUUGUCAUGUAUGUCCUAUUUAGCUGCUGACAGUGCCGGUGGCGGGGUGUGGCAACAGCCUGAUUUUGGUGGCCCAACGCUAUGAUUACUCAAAAUGUUUCCAUUUAAAUUUUAUAAAGACAUUAUUAUUAUUAAUCCAGGUGUUCAGACCUGACGUCCAGAAAAAAAAAAGGGGGGAUAUAUGAAAGAUGUAAAUCUGGGCUGGGAUUAAUUGAACACUAAGCCCACACUGGUUAGGCUGGCUUAGGAGCAGUUCAAAAUUCUGAUUUUAUAACAUGUUUGGUUUGGCGGAGCAAAUUUGGUCUUCCUGUGCAAGAAGUCGGGGAGGGACCAAAUUUGAUCCAUCAACGCGUCAUAUGCAUGUACCACUACUUUCCUUGUAGCUUCGUUUUCAUCAAAGUCAUUUUUAGUUUUUA